AGGAAAAAAUGGUACUGAUUAAAAUUUUUUAAUGAUAAUAACGUUUUGUCAAGGGAUUUUUUAAAAAUUAAGGAUUGUUCGUUGAAAUAAAUUAUAAUUAUGGAUAAAUUAAGAAAGUACCUUGUAUUGUUCUUAUAUUUAAUAUCCGCCAUCACCUAUGUCAAAUGCGAUGGGCAGAUAGCUGUUAUGAGGAAACCCUCGUCUAUGAAAUACAACAGCGACAACCAAAUGGUUCUGAGUGAUCUAAUGGAAUCCAUCGAACAUUUAAUGGGUUACCAGUACGAAGGAGCUAAACAAAUGGAAAUGAUGAAUCCGUUCGAUCUUGAAGAUACGAAGAUAAUAUUGGUGUCGGUAAACAACGAAUACACUAUGGAUUCUAAGGAUGCGAUUAAAACAUUUAAAAUGAAGCAAGAUAUGGCAGUUGAAGAUAUGAUAAAAGAAUUAGAAAAAACGGCUGCUCGUGAAAAUUCAUUUGGAAAGAAAGUUUCUUUGGAAUCAGUCUCACCGAAAGGAGCAAUCGAUGUGAAAAAUGGUAGUCCACAACUCUUCUUGGUAGAUUUGACAUCUAUGUCAAACGAUGAAGUCAGAGACGCAAUUAACAGUUUGGAGAAAUCAACUCAAGGAUUAUCCAACGUUUUGGAAAUCAUUCUGUCAUCGGAUGGAAAAACAUCUAUUUCUUAUGAUCGUGAAAAACGACAAUCUCCUCCAGCUACGGAUGAAGCUAACGAAACGCAAAAACCAAUAAUUAAUGCUAAUACCUUGAAUUUAGCUGACGAUUACGAUGAGAAUUUCCCAGUAAUAUUCAACAUCAUGUUAUGGUUCAGUCUUGCUCUAAUUUUCGCUCUAAUAGCUAUCUGCAUGGUAAUUGCCAAUAUGGAUCCUGGAAGAGAUUCCAUUAUAUAUAGAAUGACCAGCACUAGAAUGAAGAAAGAUAACUAAGAAUCGUGUUAGUAGUUUCUAACGAAGGCUAUGUGUAUAAUCAAUUGUGAUAUGUUUGUGUGAAUUUAAUCGGUUCAUCAAAACGUAUUUUGUUUUCCUAUUGUAUAUAUUAUGUACUUGUUAUAAAAAAAUAACGUCUUGAUGAUUUUGUGUAACUUAACGUUGUAAAUACCAUUUUCAACAUUGAUAAAUUUCAAUCAUAUUGGUCACGCUAGUCUCGUAUGUUUAUUCUUGAAAACAUGUAGUACUUAAGCGAAGAAAACGUCGAAGCCUAAUUAAAUAAAUAUAUUUUUACUACAUUCCAUUAAGUUUUACGAAGACAAUUAGAAUUUCGUGUUGAUCGUUUAAAAGCACAAUUUCCGAGUUAUUAGUAGAUCUAUUUUUAAGUUUGUUACCAUGUUAAUGAUGUAAAUUUAAAUUGUACUCGUACCGAUAUCAGCAUUUGUAGAAAAAUGGAUAAUUUUAUAAUUUUAAAGUAAUUUUUAGAAAAUAUCUCUGUAUUUGUUUCGUUAGUGAUAGGUAUAAAUCAGUAAACGAGAAUGAAAAUUUAUUGCAUAAUAUAAUAUGAUAAACUGAUAAA